AUGGAAUCUCCAACUGAUUACGUGGAUCUUCAAGAAGUCUUAUCUGAAGGAUUUUUGGAUCGAACGAUCGAGAUUGGAAAAGUGAUUGGAUGGGCUCCACAAGUAGAUAUCUUAGCUCAUCCAUCGGUGGGAGGGUUUGUAUCGCACUGCAGAUGGAACUCUGUAUUAGAAUGCAUAUGGUUUGGUGUUCCAAUCGCUACAUGGCCAUUGCAUGCAGAGCAACAAUUCAAUGCUUUCCAAAUGAUUGUUGAGUUAAGAUUAGGAGUUGAGAUUAAAAUGGAUUAUAGAAAAGAUCCUUUUAAUAUAGAUGGUAAUGAAAGUUUAAUUACUAGUAAAGAAAUAGAGAGAGGAAUAAGGUGUUUAAUGGAGCUUAAUCAUGAGAAAAGAAGGAAGUUGAAGAAAAUGAGUGAGACGAGCAAGAAGGCUUUGAUGAACGGAGGAUCAUCGUAUACUUGGUUAGGUCGUUUGAUUCAGGAUAUUAUGGACCGAUUGCCAUGA